AGCACUUUUGUCAGUAAGGUACAUUAUUACUAUUACAAUUAUUACUACUAUAUAUUAUUAUAAAUAAUACUACUGCGUUUAAGUUCAACUCCACAAAAUGGAUUAUCCUGAUCUUGAAUGCCAAACAUUCUUUUCGCUUCUUCGCAGAUUCCCUUUUAUGCGAAGAUUGGUCAUUGACACGUUCACUCAAUGCUAUUCUCAUUUCGAAGAGUUUGUGCUACAACCGAAAAAAGGACUAUGUGCAACGUGCUCGCACAGAAUAUCUGACUCCGUUCUCUUUUCCUGUAGUUAUGGCGACGAGACGUGCUUUAGCGUCGCUAAGAACGAUGAUAGAUGCAGCCAAUUAGGAGUUGGCAGAAACGACCGCGCAUAUGUAAGCGUGAGUGACAAGUGUGUUGAGGCAUACGGGGUGCAUUUCGAGUCGCGCGACGAUGUUAAUUUUUGGUUUGACGCAAACCAAAAAAAUAAAACGUGUUUUGUUUCUGCCUUGUUUUCAGAUGAAUGGGAAGCUUGGACUCAACUUGCUAGUAACGCGUGCGCUGGCCUAAGGUACAGUAGAUGCCUGACCCCCUCUUAUUUGUUUCCUGUGGAAUGCAGUCGUCGCGAACACAGGUUUCCGGCACGGCAUCCGUUUUUCACAGGAUACAAGAAAGAUGUCUUGCGUUUAUCAGCGUCGUUGCAUCACCCACGUCUCUUAGCUCACUGCUUGUGUGCGAAAAGACUUUUUCGUGGUUUUCCGUGCGGUACAUUCAGAGCCUAA